CGGGCGGAAGUGCUUGCCCCACACACUGUGACUCGUGUGGCAAGUGUUGACAGUUUAAAGUUCACGGCUGCAGCAGAGCAGACUCGUCCAACAGUCGUCACAUCUCACAUUUUCAUAAUCUCCUCUAAACGUCGUGAAGAUGCUUUCUUACAUCGUCGGUUUGAUCAGGAGCGGCUUUGAUGGAAUAGUCAACCUCCUCUUCAGGCUGCUGUUCUCCAAGAGGAGGGCCGCCAUCACGCUGGAGGAUCCCAACAUCAAGUACGCACUGCGGCUCAUUGACAAGCAGAUUGUCAGCCACGAUACGAGGAAGUUCCGCUUUGCCCUGCCGUCCCAUGACCACGUCCUGGGUCUCCCUGUGGGACAGCACAUCUAUCUGUCCGCCAAGAUUGAGGGCAAGCUGGUGGUGCGCCCGUACACGCCCGUGUCCAGCGACGACGACAAAGGCUACGUGGACUUGGUCAUCAAGGUUUACUUCAAAGGGGUCCAUCCUAAAUUCCCAGAAGGCGGGAAGAUGAGUCAGCACCUGGAGAACCUCCGGAUUAACGACACCAUCGACUUUAGAGGACCCAGCGGCCUUCUCGUCUACAAGGGCAGAGGUGUUUUUGCCAUCCAGGCAGACAAAAAGACUCCAGGUGUACAAAAGACAGCCAAGCAUGUCGCCAUGAUCGCUGGCGGCACCGGGAUCACGCCAAUGCUGCAGCUCAUCACCGCCGUGAUGAAGGACCCUCAGGACCAGACAGUUUGUCACCUGCUCUUUGCUAACCAGACGGAGAAGGACAUCCUGCUAAGACCGGAGUUGGAGGAGAUUCAAGUCAACAACCCGCAACGUUUCAAGCUGUGGUUCACUGUGGACAGAGCGCCUUCCAAGUGGGAGUACAGCGAGGGUUUCAUCAACGAGGACAUGAUGAGGGAACAUCUGCCGCCGCCCGCCGAUGACGUCCUCGUCCUGAUGUGCGGACCCCCUCCCAUGAUCCAGUUCGCCUGCAACCCCAACCUGGACAAGGUGGGACACGCGGUCGAGCACAGGUUCACCUUCUAGAAGAAAUGUCAACUUUGUGUUUGUUUUCUUCAGCACUUGUAUUUAUACCAUGCAGCUUUAUCACUACUGCCACCUGGUGGCCAUUAUGGACCACACGCGGUCUUGCGGUGUCACUAAAUUAAGGUGCCUUAAGCGUUGUUGUGCUGUUUGUACGGAUGCAAAGUUAUUUUUGAUGUUUAUAGUCAACAGGUUUAUCAGAGAAGUCAGCACUUUAUUUGUCAUCAGAUGGACAAAGCUCCAGAAAGGAAAGAUGAUUUCACAUGCUUUAUUGAAAUCAUGUAAAACGGCAUAAAAUGUAUUAUGAAUAUUAUUAAAUUGUAUGCAGCAAACUCUUGUCUUUCCAAGAUGGCGUGUACACAGCAUCAUGCUGACAUGCUAAAACAAUAGUCAAUAAAAUGUCCAAAACG